AUGGAGACGCUCAACGAACGGGCAGGCUUCCUCUGCAACCACGAGGUGCUGCAGAUCCUGCGGGAUCAGCGGGACGAGCGGGCGGGCAGGAUCAAGGAGUUGCAGCGCGCGAGGAAGAACGGGCCCAGGAAGGAGGAGUUUGGGACGAGGGACGAGAUUGAGCGGAUCCAGCCGCAAGACUUGCAUACGGUGACCUUUGAGGCCCUCCGCUACCUCGAGGAAUCCGUCCACCCCAUGCGCCGGCAGACGACUGCUUCCGUCUCCAAGCUGCUUGACGAGCUCGAGGAAUUCGACUUGACGAAGGCGGAGCGGCUGCAGCUCGUCAACCUCGCACCAACAACCGCCGUCGAGCUUCACGUCUGCAUCGAGGACGUGACCGAACGCUUCGACGAGGCGGGUCAAGAGCGACUUCUCCAGCUCGUCAAGGAGCAUCUCGGCGCGGAGGACGCCGCGACAGCCGCAGCCAAGCAGGCUGAGGAGGAGCGCAUCGUCGCGGCUGCGAUGGACGUGGACGAGCCUGCGCAACAAGAGGUCGACGAGCGCGAGGCGGAGGCUCUGAUGGACGACAACGCGCUCAUCGACGAGGGCUACGCUGGUCGCGGAGACCAGUACGAGAACGACAUCGACGAGACGGCGGAACCGGCGGAGUAA